AUGUCUCCUCCAUGGAGCUUUAGCUGGUCCGGCUGUUUUCUGUGCUUUCUCCUGGCUGUCUGCACGCACCCUGCAUGGUCAGCUCCGGAUUUUUCUGAUUACCUCCAUACCAUCCUGAAAAAUCACACCGCCCAUGGUUGUGAUGGGGAGACUCUCUCCAUCAGGUGCCCCUCAAAAACCUCGGUGGCCAUUCUCUCUGCUUUCUACGGACGCCGUGUGCCAAGUCAGCACUUAUGUCCCUCCAAAAAUCCCAACAUCACGGAUGAGAGCACCGACUGCAUGUCCCCUCUGGCUGUUCAGAAGGUGAUGUCAGAGUGCCAGGACAGAAGGGCAUGUCAGAUACCAGUGAUGAGCCCAGUGUUUGGAGAGGACCCCUGCCCUGAGACCAGCAAAUACAUCCUCGUCUCCUACAAGUGCAGACCAGAGCAUCAUCGCAUAAAGACAGUGUGUGAGAAUGAGAGGAUGAAACUGGCUUGUAAGAAUGAUACAGUCCUUGCCAUUUAUUCUGCUUCGUUUGGGCAUCUGCCUCAUGGGACUCAUGGCUGCUCUCAGGAAAUUGAAGUCAAGCCUGACAUGGAAUGCUUGGCCCCAUCCGCUCUGAGAAAGGUGUCGCGAAGGUGUCAUGGUAGGACUAACUGCUCUGUGUUGGCUGAUGCCCAGAGUUUUGGAGACCCCUGUUUUCCUGGCACCAGAAAACACCUCCGUGUGUCCUUCACGUGCGUUCCUAAAUAUCUCUUGGAGGAUGUGGGACGUGGAUCUACAGACCCAUUCUUGAUCUCAGACUUAACACAUGGAGGCUGGUACACUGGCCCUGGCGUAGUCAGACCUCAAAACAUUUUCACCAACUCUCUGGAAAUUUUUUCACACAUUCAGGGACUCCCAGAGACGGUUGCUUUGUACUUUGUCUCUGGGAUCUGUGCUGGUUUGGUCUUCCUGUUAUGUUUGUUUGGCCUGAAGUCCACACUGGUGAGAGACAUGAAGGACCUUGUCUCUGAGCUAGGAGAUGAGAUCAAGGCAACUCGCAGAUCCCGCAGGGGGCUGAUCGAGGAUUUCGACGACGACGGUUCGUUGGACUCCUCUUUCCGUCGCCUCACGCAUUCAUACCGUACAGCGGACAUGUUCAGUCCCGAGAUGAUAAUGACAGUGGUCAUGGAAGAGAGGAGGGAGGAUGACAGAGACAAAAUGGAAGUGCCAAACGGAGACAUCUGGCCCCACAGCAACUCUAGCCCUUACGCCAUUCAUAAAAUCAAAGCCUCUUCCGCUUAA